AUGGGAAAUUUGGUUAUUUUCGAAACAUUGUUUUCUGAAAAAAUUAAAAUAAUCCCGAUUUUGUUAAUUGCGAUAUUAGUUAAGGAAACCGAAGCCGACGACGACGAUUUCAACGUUCUGUAUAAAAAUGGCGCGUACGAAUUUGGUUACAAUAACCCCGAUUCGUACCAUUACGCGCAAGGAAAUAGACAGAACGUCGUUAAUGGAGAAUUCGGAGGAAGAAAUCCAAAAACAGGUGGUAUAGAUAAUACAGUUUAUACAGCUGGACCAAGGGGAUUUCGUCCUAGAGGUAAAAACAUAAUUAGAAAGUACGAUUUGAACCAAUCAGGACCUCGAGCUGUGGGAUCAAAAGAUGAUCCUCUUUUUGAUCCAUACGAAGAUCCGAGUUACAAUUUUUCUUUCAGAACUAAAACGUACAACAGAGACGAAAACUCGAACAGAUUAGGAGACGUAUCCGGUAGGUAUUCGUACACGGAUGAUGUAGGGGAACGGCAUAACGUCGAAUACAUCGCCGGCAAACGGACAGGUUUCCACGUGAAAACCCCUUUUCCAGACUCGAAUCCCCGAGCGUACGGUCCGCUUUAUUUCAGAGGCCGAGGCAGACCGAUUCCGAGAGGUAGAACCUCGAUACAAAGGGGCUUAGACGGGAGUUAUAAAUUCGUUUCCGCCGGUCCAGAUCAGAGACGUACCGAAACUAGUGAUUCCACGGGACACGUUAGAGGAUCGUACACUUAUCUGGACGAUAAAGGCGUUCAACAUUCAGUUCAUUACAUAGCAGGACCUGAAACUGGUUACAGAGUCCUUAAAACUGUUAAAGGUCCACAUCUACCUACAGUAUUUCCGUUCAAUCGUCCUGAAAUCGUUCCUCCGGACUUUUACGAUUAUAACGAUGGGGAUGUUUUCGAUACGGCCGCAACUGGACAUGGCAGACCUGGCGCUAGACCUGCCGAACCUGAUGGCGCAACUACCGAAGAUGAUAACGGUAUGGGAAAAGAUGGUGAUGGUUUUGGUGGGGUAACUAGACCUGGAGGAAGCAGACCUUUUGGUUUCGGCGAUAAAAAACCUUUGGAUGAGGCUAAUUCCGGUUACGAGACCGAUUUCGAUGACCUCUUCGGUGAUACUGGUGGUAAAAAACAAGCCGGAAACGACGGAACUGGUAAAGGAAACGGAAACAUCGCUGGAAGUUCUAAUAAACCUUCUGAAGAUGAUUUCUCCAAACCUUCCAAUGAGUAUAUUCCUCCUGGAGAAGAAGGACAGUAUGGAAACCAAGGAAAUGGCGUUGGAAGAGGAAAUGGGAAGCAACCGACGACUACAAGACCGUCUACAAGUGGUGUAGGUGGUUCGGAAGGAAGUGACGAUUUAGGAUUGUUUGGAAGUGGCACUAAAGGACCUAAUUCGGCCGAAGGAAAUAAAGGUCCGUUUAUAACGAUCGAAAAUCCUGGUAAGGAGUGUCCGAGAUGUCGAGGAGCUUUAAUAACUAACGUGGGGGAUAGUUAUCUAACGGUACCACCUGGAGUUUCAGUUAGAGCUCACGUUCAAGCUGUUGAUUUGUUACCGUACAGUUCAAGAUUUCCCAGACCGAGCGAUCAAUACAAAGCGGAUUUGGCUCUCGAGACCGAGCAGUUGAAUUCCGGGAAAGAUAGGAUUGUUGAUGAAAUUGGAGAUGAUGCGGCAACAACGGAAGAAACGACGACGGAAUAUUAUACGACGACGAUGUUGCCAAGUAAUUCGACGGAGACGUAAACAUGGUAAGUUGGAGUUUAUAGAGGUUCGUUGUACAUAUUUUUUCACUUUCAUUUUUAUUCAUUUAUUCAAAAUUGUAUCAUAUCCACGAAAAUUAUGUUUGUUUGAGUGUAAAGAAAUCUGGCAACAUCGCGUUUAUGUAUAACCUUCUAUUUGUGAAACGUGUAUUUUCAAUUUUAUUCUUAUAAUAUUUCAGGUGAAAGUAAUUCAUUUUGAACUAUUAAUUUUGGGUAUUUUUUGGUUAAAAAUUUUAAAACAAGUAAAAAUAUUCACGUUUCGACCUAUUUCGGUUUUUUAAAAAACCAAUUUUUAAUCGAAAGAGACCCAAAAUCAAAACGAUUUAUCAACAAAAAUUGAUAAAAACGUCUAAAAAUGAGAAAUUAAAUAAUUUUCUUAGUAUAUUCAAUUCAUUUAUAGAUAAUGAUUGAAAAAGUAAAAAAAAUUGACUUGAUUUGUAUUCAGCAAAGUAUAAAAAAACUGGCAACACCGCGUUUAUACAUAACGUUCGACCUGUGAAACAGCUGAUUGAAUCUGAACGAUUAUCUCCCCGCACCAUGUUGCCGUAUGUUUUAUUUUAGUUGAGUAAACGUGUAUCAAUUUUAUUCUUAUAAUAUUUCAGGUGAAAAUAAUUCAUUUUUGAAAUUAUUUAUUAUGAAUAAAGUUUGAAUUUUGGAUAUUUUUUGAUUAAAAAUUUUAAAACAGGUAAAAAUAUUGACGGUUCGACCUAUUUCGGUUUUUUAAAAAAUCAAUUUUCAAUCGAAAGAGACCCAGAAUAAAAACGAUUUAGCAACAAAAAUUAAUAAAAACAUUUAAAAAAUGAGAAAGUAAAUAGAUUUUUUAAUAUCUAUAACUCGUUUAUAGAUAAUGAUUAAAAAAAAUUUUCUCGAUUUUUAUUCAGCAAAGUAUAAAAAAUCUGGCAACAUCGCGUUUAUGUAUAACGUUCGACCUGUGAAACAGCUGAUUGAAUCCGAACGAUUUAUCUCCCCGCGCCAUGUUGCCGUAUGUUUUAUUUUAGUUGAGUAAACUUGUAUUUUCAAUUUUAUUCUUGUUAAUAUUCCAGGUGAAUAUAAAUCAUUUUUGAAAUUAUUUAUUAUGAAUAAACUUUUAAUUUUGGAUAUUUUUUUAUUAAAAAUUUUAAAACAGGUAAAAAUAUUGACUGUUUGACCUAUUUCGGUUUUUUAAAAAAUCAAUUUUCAAUCAAGAGACCCAAAAUCAAAAUUUUUUAUCAACAAAAAUUGAUAAAAACGUCUAAAAAAUGAGAAAUUGGAUAAAUUUUUUAAUAUCUAUAACUCAGUUAUACAUAGUGAUUAAAAAAAUUAAAAAAAAUUUUUCUCGAUUUUUAUUCAGUAAAGUAUAAAAAAAUCUGGCAACAUCGCGUUUAUGUAUAACCUUCUACCUUUGAAACAGUUGUUUGAAUCUGAACGAUUUAUCUCCCCGCGCCAUGUUGCCGUAUAUUUUAUUUGAGUUGAGUAAACUUGUAUUUUCAUUUUUAUUCUUAUAAUAUUUCAGGUGAAAAUAAUGCAUUUUUGAGCUCAUUCAUUAUAAAUGAACUAUUAAUUUUGGGUAUUUUUUGGUUAAAAAUUUUAAAACAAGUAAAAAUAUUCACGUUUCGACCUAUUUCGGUUUUUUAAAAAACCAAUUUUCAAUCGAAAGAGACCCAGAAUAAAAACGAUUUAGCAACAAAAAUUAAUAAAAA